UGUGCGUGUGUAUGUGUAUGUGUUGGAGGGGGCGGUGCAAGCAGGAGGAUGAGUGACAGGCUCAUUUGCAUGGUGGGAGCCUUUAAAAAGAGCUCUGCAGGUGCACCACUCUCUUCACUCUCUAAGACAUGCAGUAUAGGCACACAUCAUCUGGAACAUUCUUGGGUUGUUAUUUCCCCCACUGGAUUUUUUCUUCUUUUUUUUUUCAUUUUAAAUUUUUGGGAGAUGAUGUGAAGAUGUUUUCUGUGAUCUGUUUGCCGAGGAAUUUCUCUCCAAGGGAUCAUCCCAUAUGGAAACACUUUGAUAUGGAGACUUUUGCAGCGAGUAGCUACUGAACCUUGCGGUGAUGUCAUCGCUGAUAUUCCUGCAGCUGAUUCUUUUAAGUCUCAGGGUCACCCACAUGACCUCUGACCUGAGGGCGCGAUGUCCAGUUGUGGCUUCUCUGGACCUCCUGUCUCUUGUCCUUGGGAAGGACACCUCCAGACUCAUGCCAGGGGUGCACGUGAGACCCUCCGGAGGGGUGAAGGGCGUACAUAUUUCCAGGCCUCAGCCUUCCUCUCAGCUGUUGCUCAACUGCGACCUUUUCCCCAAAGAGUUCUCCAUCGUUGUGACGCUAAAAGUCGCUCGCUUCGCACAUGAGAAAAGCGAAUACAUCUUUUCCUUGAUGGAGCCAAAAAGGGCAGAGCGAGGAUCUGAAGGGGACAAAAGCAGAAAGGGGACCAUUUUGCGUAAGAAUACAGAGGUGGACGUCACCAGAGCAGAACAUCGGCAUCUCAUUCUGGGACUGAGGCUCUCCAGGAGCCGACUUCACCUGCUUUUUAAAGGUCAACGAGGGGUCAUACAGCAGUCCGUGUUCCGGGGCACCCGCUUAACUGACAACCGGUGGCACACUCUGGUUGUGUCCGUUGGCGGUGGACACGUCAGGCUCACAGUGGACUGCAGCUCGCCAUGGGAAAUCCUUCCCUCCAGGCCCUUCCCCUCAGACCUUCACUUCCACGGAUCCAAACUCUACCUUGGCAGUCGAGGCAGAUGGAAAGGCUUGUUUUCAGGUCUGUUGCGACAGCUGGUUUUGGUUCCCGGAUUGGAUGUCACCCAUCAGAUAUGCCCAUCUUCCCAUCCCCAACUAGCACCUCUAUUGGUGCCGGGGCUGCUGCUGUCAGAUGUACCCGCCGCUCGGACGGAGGCUGAUGGUCACCUUGUUCCCGAUGAAACCGAGGAGAGGGUGUCUGUGGGCUUACGGAGUCCUUGCUCUGAGCUCCUUCAAGGCCAAAUGUGGUUCAGUCCGCUCAGGAAAGGCCUCUACCUUUGCGAUGGUACCUCCUGGAUCACCGUGCUUGAGGCUCCCAAACGACUGGACUAUGUUAUGGAACACCAGGUUAUCACCACCAGCUCAGAGACACACGACAUAGAGGUGUUCCAGGUACCAGGCGUAGGUCUGAUGGCUGCUAUGGCUCACCGCUCCACAGCCUCUGGUUCUGCCGUGUACCAGUGGACGCAACAGAAAGGUUUCCAGCUGUACCAGAAUAUCAGCACCCAUGGAGCGUUGGCAUGGAGACAUUUCCACAUGGGCAAGAAGCUCUUUCUGGUGGUGUCCAACUCCGGAGCAGGCAGCGACAUCAGCAGGGAAUCAAACAGGGCGGACGUGUCUGUCAUUUACAAGUGGAACAAAAGAAAAAAACUAUUUGUGCAGUUCCAGACCCUGCAGACCCACUGCGCACGGGACUGGGAGGCCUUUAAAAUCCAUCGACAAACCUACCUUGCAGUGGCCAAUCACAGAAUUGGUGAAAAGAACCACACCAUAGACAGCGUGGUGUACAAGUGGAACAGGCCAACUAAGUCCUUCGAAGUUCACCAAAAGCUGAGGACGUCGGGGGCCUACGACUGGGAGUUCUUCAAAGUUGGACCGUACCAUUUCCUGGUGGUGGCAAACGCUUUUGAUGGGGUGACCACAUCGGUAGACUCUGUCAUCUACGUUUGGGUCGACGGAAACUUUCAGGUCUUCCAGACCAUUAAGACUUUUUGUGCCACCGACUGGGAAAUGUUCCAGAUUGGGAGAAGAGUCUUCUUGGUGGUUGCCAAUGGACACAGGCUUCAUGGUAAUGGGCCCAGCGAGUACGCCAUCAACUCCACCGUCUACGAGCUGGACGUGAACGAGCGACUGUUUGUCCGCUUCCAGGAUAUUGUCACCUACAGCGCGGUGGAUUGGGAGUUCUUCAGCCUCGGGGAGGAAUACUUUCUGGUGGUUGCUAAUUCCUUCAACGGAGAAUCAUACUCUCUCAACAGCGUUCUCUAUAGGUGGCAAGGGUACGAAGGGUUUGUCCCCGUCCACUGGCUCCCGACCAUUGGCUGCAGUGACUGGGAGUUCUUCACUGCCAACGGAGAGUCUUAUCUGAUCUACUCCAGCGCCAAAGUGCCUCUCUCCAAAGUGUUCAAGCUGAAAAUGUACUGAGCUCCGUACCAUAUUUAAGCGUGUGUAUACACGUCCCUCUCCCUAUAAAAUAAGGCAGGGCAUGCAGCAUCCAUUUGUGUGUGUUCUCCAGAAGGGCCAUUGAAAAAGGUUUGGUGGUGUCAAGAGUGUAAAUGAGCUUCAGUACACACAAAAAAAUGUAAGUUAUUAAAUUAACAAUAAGCUACUCUUAUUUUCUUUGCUACUCUGCCUAAAGGUUUGGAUAUGAGAGUGAGUGGUGGUUUGCACACUAUUAAAUGUCAUUUGUUGCCAUAUUUCUGUUUGAAGACAAAGUAUGGAUCGAUACAGGGUCAGUAAACACGUUUCCAUUCUUUAUCACUCACAAGGAUGGCCGAGAGGUUAAUGCGUUGGACUUAAGAUGCAAUGGACAAUAGUCCUCGUGGGUUUCAACCCCACUCCUGGUGCAGGUUACAUUAAAUAUGUAGUAUGUUUUUGGACGAACUGAUUAUUACUAUAGAAAUUGCAAUUUGUGUAUGGAAAUGUAAAAAGAAUGUACUGUAGUAUUACAGACCAUUAUACACAUCCCCACAUGUAAGGGGAAAUAUAAGUUAAGACACUGUUCCAUUAACAAAAUAUCAACAUGGCAAACAGUUGCAUAAUUGCAGAAAAGCCAAAUAUUAAUAAUAUCCAUUUAAAAAAAAUGCUUGGUCUUUGUGUUGAAUUAAUCCACUGAGUGAUGAUGA